AUGGAUAGAAAAACACGUGCUCGUGGAUUUAUUAUGCUGUCAAUUAUACUUAGUGUAUUGGCACUUGUUUUUUUUAUAAUUGCACUAUUUUUACCAUAUUGGAAAUUUAUUCGUUUGCGACAUAAUUUACAAAUAGUUGAUUAUACUUCGAUUGAUCUAUUGGUACAUUUAGAAUCAGAACAAUUUCUUGAUUCAAUGUAUCGUAGUAAUUUACACUAUUUUGGUAUUUAUAAACGUUGUAUAGAACAUUCCGCAUCAGCCACAUCUUCGAAGCCAUCCACUGCUCCGGCUGAUACAAUUAAAUCAGGCAGAUGUGGUCAUAAUUAUGUUCCAAAAUUUGAUGAUAGUGAUUUUAAAGCAUGUCAUAGCGUUAAAUUAUAUCAUUAUUGCAUAUUCCAUUCAUUAUCAUCAUCAGGAUCUUUACCAGCAUCAGACAGUUCUGAAGAAAUAUCACCAAAAUGCGAGUGUCGUUCGCCGGAUUACAUAACGAUAUCAAUGGUGUUAUUAUAUCUAUCAAUUGCAUGUGCAUUUUGUUGUAUAUUAAUUAAUUCAUUAAGGUUAAUUAAUUCAUUCAGAUUACCAAUUGCAGAAAAGAAUAAAAGCAAACAAAGAACACGAAAAAUUAUUGAUGAUCGGUUACUCAAGAUUUUAUCGGCUAUUUGUUCUUUAUUUACACUAGUCUUUUUAAUUAUUCUUUUAAUAUUACAAAAGUUCAGUGAAAAAUAUGAAGCCUUCAAAUUUUUCGAGUCACUGAGACAACAUUAUUCAAGGGUACUAAUAUCUGAAUUCAGUAAAAAUUUUGCAACAGUAAUCGAUCGUUUUGAUAAUGUAUUGGAUGUGAAACUGGGUGCAUCGUUUGUUUUCGCAGUAUUUGCAGUUUUAUUUACAUCUAUUGCAUUUUUGUGUUCGUCUGGUGUACAUAUUGGCGCCUAUGAUCGAUUUCCACCAGAGCAGAAAAACAUGGCUAAUGAGUUGAGAAUCAAGGAUGGAGAGAGUACUUUUUCGACUGCAGUCUGA